AUGGUAGGAAAUGCACUAACCACCAGCCUUGCAAUGGCCCAUACAACCCGAACCUUAUGUGCCCGUGGCCCGUUCUGUUCCAGGGUCUUUCUCCAAACUCCCCGAAAACAUGUACAGGUGCGUUCCGCAGCAUCUAUACCACCAUCAGAUGCAGCUAAACGUACCGUUGAGGAGAUGAAGAAAGCCGGUAGCCACAUAAAAGAACAUCUUGCUUCUCAAACAGAAAAUAUGGCAAACGAAUCGAAGGACGCCGCUGGGAAAGUCGCAGGAACAGCAGAGAACAUGGCUGAAAAGGCGAAACAAAAGGCACAAGAUGCAUGGAAGGCUGCUAAAGACGCUGCCCAGAAAGUGAAAGAAAAUGUGUCUGAAAAGGCCGACGAUGCUGCUGAUGCCGUAAAAGAAAAUAUUGAUGUUGCCAAACGCAAAAUCUCUAAAGAUUAGAUCUAUUUGUUUCAUACUUAGGUGUUUUUAUUUGAU